AUGACCAAGGUGAAAGGCAAGCCAAAGAGAGUGCGAAUCUCGCGAGUGGCUGGCACAGACGCCCCCUCAACGCCACAAAUGUCCGACCAGGAGUAUGCCGCAGCCCUGGCACAACAACAGCAAGCAUACAUGCCCAAAAACCUGGCGUCCAAAGCAGGUCCGUCUUCCUCUCUUGCAAACUCUCCCGCCACCAACUCACUAGCAGAAACCCACACCGUCAAGCGAGAGGGCGGCGGCAAAAAGUGGGAGGACCCGUCGCUUCUGGAGUGGGACCCUACACACUUCCGACUGUUUGUAGGCAACCUGUCAGGCGAAGUGACGACCGAAAACGUGCACCGCGCAUUUCAAAAGUACAAGUCGCUGUCUAAGGCCAAGGUGGUCAAGGAUAAGAUUUCGGAAAAGUGCGCGGGCUACGGCUUUGUGUCCUUCUCCGACCCUGACGACUACUUCAAGGCCUUCAAGGAAAUGGACGGUAAGUAUAUUGGCAACCAUCCCGUACAGCUCAAACGAGCCAAGACAGAAAUCAAGGCAGUGGCCAAAAAAAAGACCAAGCCUUAUGAACGAGCUCGUCCCUAUUAG